AUGGGGCCUGGGUGUGCUAGCGUCCUGGGCUGGCUCCUGCUCAUGCAGGCAGCGCUGCAGGCAGCAGGUGGCCGACCCUGCGAUGCCAAAGACUUCGGGCACGGCUCGCUGGUGUGUGUCUGCAGCGCCACUUACUGCGACACGCUGGACCCCGUGGUGCUGCCAGCCCCUGGCACCUACCUCAAGUACGAGAGCAGCAAGGCUGGCAAGCGGCUGGAGCGCAGCGAGGGAAGGUUCCAGCACAACGUCAAGACCUCAGAUUUCCAUCUCACCCUGGACAUGGCACAGAGGUACCAGAAGGUGAAGGGCUUUGGUGGCUCCGUCACAGACUCAGCUGCCAUCAACAUCCAGUCCCUGUCUGAGGGUGCCCAGAACCACCUGAUCCGCUCCUACUUCUCCGAGGAAGGCAUUGAGUACAACCUUGUGCGAGUCCCCAUGGCCAGCACAGACUUCUCUGUUCGCCUCUACACCUACGCUGAUGCUGAGGGAGACUUUGAGAUGAAGCAUUUCAACCUGACAGAGGAGGACACAAAGAUGAAGAUCCCCAUCCUCCAAGCAGCUCAGGCAGUGGCCAAGAGGCCUCUGUCACUGUAUGCCAGCCCCUGGACUUCCCCAGUCUGGAUGAAGACCAACGGUGCCAUGACAGGGAGGGGGACUCUGAAGGGCAGCCCUGGGGACAAGUACCACCAGGCCUGGGCCAAGUACUUCAUCCGGUUCCUGGAUGAAUAUGCCAAGCACAACCUGACCUUCUGGGCUGUGACAGCAGGGAACGAGCCCACAGCUGGUGAGAUUGUCUUCUACCCCUUCCAGUGCCUGGGCUUCUCCCCUGAGCACCAGAGGGACUUCAUCGCGCGGGACCUGGGCCCCACGCUGGCCAACAGCUCCCACCCCCACGUCCAGCUCAUCAUCCUGGAUGACCAGAGGGUGAUGCUGCCCUACUGGGCCCAAGUGGUUCUCAAAGACCCUGUGGCCGCCAGCUACAUCAGUGGCAUCGGCAUCCACUGGUACCUGGACUUCCUGGCACCCAUUGACCUCACACUCUCCAUCACCCAUCACCUCUUCCCAGACUAUUUCCUCCUCUCCACGGAGGCCUCCACUGGGUCCUACUUCUGGGAGCCCAGAGUGGUGCUGGGCGGCUGGGACCGUGGGAGCAAGUACAGCCACAGCAUCCUGACGAACCUCAACAACUAUGUGACUGGUUGGACUGACUGGAACCUGGCCCUGGACCUGGAGGGGGGCCCCAAUUGGAGCAAGAACUACGUGGACAGCCCUGUCAUUGUGGACAGCAGCAAGAACCUCUUCUACAAGCAGCCUAUGUUCUACCACCUGGGGCACUUCAGCAAGUUCAUCCCUGAGGGCUCGCAGCGUGUGGGGCUGGCUGUGUCCAAGAGGUGCCACCGGUGUGACCUGGAGCACUCAGCCUUCCUGCGCCCUGACGGUGCCAUCGUCCUGGUGGUGCUGAACCGCUCCCCUGUGGAUGUGUCCUUCGGGAUCUCUGACCCACGAGUCGGCUUCAUUGAGGCCACAGCUCCCAGCGACUCCAUCCAGACAUUCCUGUGGAGGCAGCCAGCCUAG